GCGCUCCCCAGCAGCCAGCAGGAUGGCUUUGCGCAGGACGGACGCCGCUGCACCCGGCGCAAUUGAGCUAGUCGGCCGCCAGCCCGUCUGAAGAGCACAUCGAUUUGGUCCGCGCCCGCCCGCCGACCGAGGAGGAGGCAGUGGCCCCACAAACAGGCAAAACAAAAAAAACAGGGCCGCUUCUUUUUUCUUCUUCGCAGAGUGACGUUUCGUGUCAAACGUCGGGAAGUGAUGCGCCAAGAGCGGCCUAAGUAAUCCGUCGAUUCGUACCUACGUGGAAAACGACCAUGGUGCUCAAGCUGCUUUUUGCCAACCUCCUGCUUUUUGCCCUCGUCCUGUGCUCAGGCUCGACUAGUUUCGACGAAGACACGGACCUGGACGAUAUUCCGCCCCCGGAGCCGACGGGCCCGUACUUUGAAACGUCGGCCUCGAAAAACGUGACGGCCCUGGUGGGAAAGACGGCGUACCUCAACUGCAGGGUGCGGCAUUUAGGGAACAGGACGGUGUCGUGGAUCAGGCACCGCGACCUCCACUUGCUCACCGUCAACCGAUACACGUACACGAGCGACCAGCGCUUCCAGUCCAUCCACUCGCCACACCUCGAGGACUGGAUGCUUCAAAUCAGGUACCCGCAGCGCCGCGACUCGGGCAUGUACGAGUGCCAGGUCAGCACGACGCCGCCGAUAGGACACUCGAUGCACCUCUCCGUAGUUGAGCCGAUUACAACGAUCCUUGGUGGCCCAGAUAUGUACAUCAACAAGGGUUCGACCAUCAACUUGACAUGCAUAAUCAAAAACAGCCCCGAACCGCCGGCAGCCAUCUACUGGACCCACAAUAACGAGGAGAUAAAUUACGACUCGCCCCGGGGCGGUGUCAGCGUAAUCACCGAGAAAGGUGACAUUACCACAAGUUACCUGCUGAUUCAGCGCGCCAAAGCCCCCGACUCUGGCAGAUACGCGUGUAACCCGACCAACGCCAACCAAAAGAUAGUCUCGGUCCAUGUUCUCAACGGGGAGCAGCCAGCGGCGAUGCAGCACGGCGGACAGUUACGACUCGAGUAUCCAUUAAGCGCCUGUCUGCUGAGCGUGAUUGUCGUAGUGCUCGGCUCUUGAGUGUCACUUACGUGAAUGGACUAAGAAAAAGGCCCCCCCAGAUUGACAUUUUUGAGUGAGAGCGCAGUUUGCUGAGUUAGUCAAAACGUGUCGUCGUACGCUUUGCCAGUCAACAUUCGUAUAUAUAAACCUUUGAAGUGUGCAGCGCGUGCGAGAGACAAAGGAAAACUGCUGUUCGGACACACAAGAAUAUUAUGGACGAUUGUUACACACGAGAUUUAGAACUAUAUAAAAGCAUAAAUUAUGAGCAGAAAGACGGAGAAUCGCCAUUUUCUAUUAUUGUGAUUGACUGUUAACGUCUUGUGGACGGUGCUUUUUGACACAACGCUUUCGACGAGGAACGUUCCCGGCCCGACUCGAAUUUUGUAUCCAAAAAACUUCCCACAAGGUGUGAUCGGCGCCCCAGCACGCGAAAGCACCAACCCCGCGACCUCUCCUGCGCUGCCAGAAGACGAAAUAGUUUCGCAGGUGGAAUUCUGGUUGUGAACGGACGACCGUGCAUGUAUAUCAGAGACAAAGGCGCACCCCCAACGAAUCCCCUCCCGCCGGCGGCUGGCUUUUAGCGGAUCAAACGAUUAGAGGAAUGCACCUGGCCGAGUUUGGAAAGAGCGAGAUCACCUGUUCGCUUUCGCAUGAGAAAAGACCGACUCGCCCCGCGCUUUUAAAUAUAUAUCCGCCCCCCAAAUCGGACAACUUUUAACGCGUUUUUAUUGCUUAUUCGAUUUUAUUACAAUAGAAUCGAGAUUCGAGAAUUAGACGCUUUUCGGCAGUUUUCAUUUCAAACGUUUCAAUCAAUCGUACAAAAGUCACAAUAAUAAACAGAAAUCAAAGAUCAAAAAAGGUAUAUAAUAUAAAUUAAAGAUAUAUAUGAUUCAAUAAAGUGAAAUCUCGCGUCCGUUUUAUCUGGUGAAAAGAAGCAAAAACUUUUCUGCGAUUGUGCAGCGCAGAGAAGUGCUACUUCUUCCUCCUCUCUUAUCUUCAAUUUCUAUUAAACGUGCUCGAGUUGCUCAGAGAACGGGACUUUCCGCCACUAUGGCCUGGGACAAAAGAUCUCGUGCUAAAAGAAGUGUCAUCUUACGCGGACCACCUUUUGGGAUCGAUUGUGACAUGCCUCGGAUGGACCGCACCACCGGCAGAUCUGGUUGCGAGAGACGUCUCGUUUUAUCGGUGUUUAACGAUGAUUGUAUUUGAAAUGACUCAGCAGCACCCAAUACACACCACCCCAACAACCCAUCCCGGAGAUCAAGACGAGAGGAAUUUAUUAUUAUGGAUCUGACUCUGCAGAAAUUCACCACUUGGGCGGAAAUGUUUGCAACUCUCUCAAUCAAAUUCGGAUCAACGCCCGAGAGUGCAAAGUUGUUUAAUUCCGAGCGCGAUUAUUUCUCUUGAAAUGAAUGGCAGCGUGAAUUCAGUUUCGCUGCUGUAAUGACAUUUUCCCCCAAAUGUAUAUAUAAAUCGCGCGCGCGUAUCUCCCUUCGACAUCAAUCAGCAAUAACUUUUGAUUGAUACGUUAUUACACCGGCCAACGCGAAUUCAACUCUCACAUAUUGUUGCAGGACUAAACUAACCCCCAGUGCUCGACGUACCGAGUGCGAUCUACCCGGACAUAGCCGGAAACUUUACCGCCCGUCUCUGCUCUAAACGUUUAAGUGUUCAUUUUGAAUCGCAGCAAUUUAUUCUUUCCUUGGAAACUUUUAAUAGAAACGUCUAAAUGUUAUACACAUUCAUUGGGAAAGUUGUUUUAUAUAAAACUGCAGAGAAAUUCGUCCCGAUUUCGUUUUUCGUAUAAUUCGAGCUUAUCACAAAUUCUAAAAUGUAUAUCCGUAGAGAUUUCCGUCGAUGUGUCCUCUUGGUGUGCAAACUAUUUUAGCUCCUUUACGCGCAAGCUUGGAAAUGGUGGUUCAAUUUGCCUAUCAGCAGCUGGCCGUCUAGACUUGUUAAUUGCAGUCGAUACUUGCUCAAGGACGCUCACAAUAAAUCACCUGUUCUUGGAAAUAAGUAUCAAAAUUCUGAAUGAGCACUUUUAAAACAAUAAAAUCAUUUAAUUUUAUUAGAAUUGUGUGGGAAAAUAAUUGUUACUUGAGGUAAUUUUAUUCCAAGAAAGGAAACACUCUUCUUACAUUCUUAAUUUAAAAAAGAAAAUUUCUAGAGGUUUUUAUAUAAUUUGGAAGCAAAAGUUUUUUAAAUUAAAAAAAAAUUAAUAUUAAUUUAAUAACGAAAAUUUAUGAAAAGCUAAUCGUGAUGCUAAAUAAGUAUUUAAGUCAAAGAAUAAAUCAAUUACAAUAGAUUUUAUGUAUUGUUUUGAAUUUAUUUGCUACUUUUUGUUAUGAAUUUAGGAUUUUGUAUUCAAAUGCAACGCAAUUUAUUUCACUUCCCCCCCAGAAAAUUUAAAUUUACAAAUGCGGGAAUCGUUUAAAAGGCGGUCAGAUGCUUAAACAAACACAAUUAACAAUUCAAAGCUUUCGGCGUUAAAAGGACUUUUGGACCAGUGAGGGUGCCGAUUCCACUAACCCGUGCCUGCUAUAAAUAGAUUAUGCGCUCAAAGUAAAACAAAUUAAAAAAGCGUUUCAUCGAUUGCGCGAGAAGAAGCUCCCGGAGACCGUUUUUGCACGGCAGCGCACCUUCGCAACUCGCGGAGAUGAAUAAAAUAUAUAUCAUGUGCAUGUUUCAGAGGCUCCGGCGAGCGAAAAAAUUAGAAAUCUAGCGCAUUUCUCUGUGGUGUAAUAAACACUUCCCAGGGGACACGAGAAAAGCGGAAUUGUGCUGAGAAAACGCGGAGAGCAAAGCCCGCGCGCCGAGGGACCGCGUGCGAAAGGGGGAAGCGCGCUUUACAACAAUUAAACAAUUGUAUAAACGUCCCAUUAUGUAGCAGUUUUGCAGGGUGCGCUUCCUUUUUUGCGCUUCCUUCCCGGAGCGA